UAUUGAAAUUAUUUUACUUCAAUGUUUUUUUUCGAUAGCUUUUGCUUGCUUAUCUUAACUCAUUAGUUGUUACUUUCUGAUUUUGUUUGCGAAUUCUUAUAGUCCUGAUUUUACUUUUGAACUCUCACAUUGCAAGAAUUAAUGCAAUUCAAUUCUAUUUAGUUGAACUCUCAAACUGUGGAAAAAUACUUAGUUGCUUAAAUUUAUUUUUGAAUAAGGAAGGCAUUUAAAAAAAAAAAAAGUGAAAUCGUCUCAAAAUUGACAUGAUUUUGCAAGAAUUCUGCUAAAUGAUUCCAUAGAUUAAACGCUUUGAAGACUGAAUCAUUUUCUUUUCUUUCCACUUUUUGGUUUGAACCUGAAAGUUUUGAAUAAAGGGGAAUAAUCUUGUUUUGAAUUUGGAGAUUUAAAUUGGGGAUUUUUGUUACUUUGUUCAGUUUGGAGCCAUGACAUGUCUCACGUGAAUGCGCUUCUUUUUUUAAGCAUCUUUUACUUUGGUGCGCAUCAUUGGAUCUCUGUUCUUGCGGUUACUGUCAUUUGUUAACAGUUUUUUUCGGUGGAAUAGAAGCACGAGUGGUGGGUUUGUAAUGGACAGUAUCGUAGACUCUUUAAACAACGCAUAUCAAGAAUUUGUAGCUGCAGCAGCUAAUGUACUUGAAGCCAAAGAGGUAGCUGGUGCACAAAAAACAGCAUCAACAGAUGCUGCAUUAGAAAAUUUCAAGCAGAAGUGGGAGUUGUUUAGGGUAGCAUGUGAUCAAGCUGAGGAGUUUGUGGAGUCAGUGAAGCAAAGGAUUGGAUCUGAGUGCUUAGUUGAUGAGGCCACUGGUUCUAUGACUGGGAAGUCAACAACUGGUCUGCCACCUAUUAGUGCUGUUCGGCUAGAACAGAUGAGUAAAGCUGUGCGAUGGCUUGUUAUUGAGUUGCAGCAGGGUUCCGGAGCAGCUAGUGGUUUUGGGCAUGCUCAUCCUUCUGCUCCUUUUGAUGCUCGGUUUUCUGAAGAUGCGACCCAAUAGGGAAAGAAGGAUUUCAUAUUCAAUGAAGGAAUGCAUGUGGAUACAAAUGGAAUACUCACUUCAAUGAUUAAGGAGUAAUGAGUAAUGAGUAACGAGGUUCAGUAUCUAUAAUUGGAGGUCCUGUCCUUUUUGUUGUUGCUUCCAACUGUGGGGAAUGCUGUUGAUUUUGUGGGAGAGCUGCAGAAACGGAAUGCUCGACCAAGGGGCAGGGGCACAGUGAUUAAACAGGAUGCAUCUCAUGUUCUUGUUUAACUUGCAAAAUCAACCAUGCCUACCCAUUUAAAUUUUUUUUUUUCCUGAGGUGUUGGACCUAAACGUUGUAGGAAGUAAGCCUUGUUGUAGAAUUUGGAUGCCUUCCCUGCUAGGUUGCUUAUUAUAGUACAGCACUUAAAAAAGCUUAAUGGCGAUGUUAGUCCUGACUGAAUUUGCUUUUGCGCAACUAUCUUUUAUAUGUUGAAAGUUGAGAUUAGUUGGCA